AUGAAUCCAAGUGCACAAGUUGGUAGCAAUCAUAGUGCGUCGAUAACAAAUACUGGAUCAUCAUCUCAGGAAGGUGUUCAAACUAACUCAACCAGUCCAAAUGAGGUACAUGCAAAUGCUCAGGAUGGGCCACAAGUUGCAGCUUCAUCCUCAACUCAAAGAAAGCCUAAAAAUGCUAGUUGGAAUGUGAAUGUCAUAGAUCCCGAUGGUCAUAUUAUUCCAUCAAAGUUAAGAGCAGCUGAUGUCUUGUCUACAAAAACUCCCAAUAGGAUACUAACCCAGUGGAAUUCACGUAGCCAACCAGUAGGAGAGUCUGGUGGCUUAUUGGGUCAAGCUUUGGGGCUUCUGGCGAGCAAUUUUUCCCAUUUUCCAAUAGUGUAUGAGAACUGGAAAAUAGUACCUGAUCAUUACAAGGAUAGUGUUUAUGCCACCAUCAAGGAAAAAUUCGUGGUAAAUGAGGAUGAUCAUAGAAAAUUUAUCUUAACUAGUUUGGGGAAGAAAUGGAGAGACAACAAAUCUGAACUGUUCCUUGAGAAGUAUGAUUGGGGAGUUUCUAUGGCACAAAAUAUUCAGAAUCCCCCAGUAGGGAUUGAGCCAGAUCAUUGGAUACUUUUUGUGCAGCACAAGCUAAGUGAUAAACAAAGGGAAAUAUCUGAAAAAAAUGCAGCAAAUCGAGCUAAACAAGUGAUCCCUCAUACACUGGGAUCAAAGUCACUAGCAAGAAAGAAAGAUGAGCUGGAGUUGCAAGAUGGACGACCAUAUAGUAGAGCAGACAUGUAUCUUGUUUCUCAUCAAAAGAAUGAUGGAACUUAUGUUAAUGAUGAGACUAGACUCAAAUGUGACCAAUUGCGUACCGCAAUUGAAAAUUGUUCUUCUGAGAAUGAAGCCUUUGUUGAUACUUUUGGGAAUGAACGUCCUGGAUAUGUACGUGGCAUGGGACUUGGAGUAACUCCAAGUCAGCUCACUAUAUCUAGCUUCAACAGGUCAACCCUUCAAAAUGAUGGUUUGAUUGAAAAAAUGCAAUCUGAAAUUGAAUCUCUAAAGGAAAAAGCUGCUGAAGUUGAUGCUUUAAAAGCACAAGUUGCUGAGAUGGAUGUUUUGAAGGAACAACUUGCUUUCCUUAUGCAAUCUUUGUCUAUGAAUUCUCCUCAAUCCUCACCACUUUCAGAAUAUGUAGGCUUUAUUUUAAGUGGCUUUAACGCCAUAGAACAUGAUUUUAAUGAGGUUGUUAACUUGGAAUCACCGAGAGAAACGAGGUCGUCUUCCUCCUCUAGUCAUGUUUGA